CGCGGGUUUAGCGGGGGAUUCGGUCCCUGUGUUCAGAGGAACUGUUCGCGGGAAACACAAGCGGCUGCAGCAGCGACGCGGAAAAAAAGAGGAGCACCGGCUAAUAACUCGCCCGUGUUGUUAAAUCUUACUUCAGAUCGCCUUGUGCUGGAGUGUCGGGAUGCUUUUCCGCUCUAUUGUCGACCGAGGAGUGGGCAAACGGAGGCAGAAUGCGCUCCCUGCGGAUCCUCGGCCCAGGUAUCCUCUGAGCUCUCUGCUGGACGGCUUCCAGUGCGUGCGACACGAUGAGCACAUCUCCUACGGGAACCUGGGGGACUCCGUGCCACCGUUUGGACUUGCCUUCGCCUCCGCCGGGAAUCUGCGCAAUGUCCUUGCAGCGGCUAACGAAGAAGGCAUCGUGAGGAUCUACAACACGGAGAGCAGAGAAAAGGCGCUUCUUAAAGAAUGGCUGGCUCAUGAGAAUGCUGUCUUCGACAUUGCCUGGGUGCCGGGGGAGCCUCAGUUGGUGACUGCUGCAGGUGAUCAGAUGGCCCGGCUGUGGGAUGUGAAGACAGGAGACAUGCUGGGCAGCUUCAAGGGCCACCUCUGCAGCCUUAAGUCUGUAGCCUUCACGCCUCAGGACAAAGCUGUGUUCUGCACCGGAGCCAGAGAUGGAAAUAUUAUGGUCUGGGACACCAGGUGCAGCAAAAAAGAUGGUUUCUACAGACAAGUGAAACAGAUCAGUGGCGCUCACAACAAAGCGGAGACACACCCCCCGUCUAAAACCAAGAAGCGACGGAGCAGCACACGCGGCAUGGCUCCCAGUGUGGACACCCAGCAGAGUGUCACAGUGGUUUUGUUUCGGGAUCAACACACCCUCAUCUCCUCUGGGGCUGUUGACGGAGUUAUCAAGUUAUGGGAUCUGAGGAAGAACUACACUGCUCACCGUCAGGAUCCCGUUCCCCUGCAGUCGUUCCUGUACCCGGGCUCUUGCAUGCGCAUGCGACUGGGUUAUUCCGGGCUUGUUCUGGACUCCACGAGAUCCAAUGUCAUGUGCAACUGCACCGAUGAUAAUAUCUACAUGUUCAAUGUCAGCGGAGUAAAGACGGCUCCAGUGGCAACGUUCAGUGGCCACCAGAACUCCUCAUUCUAUAUCAAGUCCACUAUAAGCCCAGACGACCAGUUCUUGGCCAGUGGCUCAAGCGACAAUCACACGUACAUCUGGAAGAUCUCUGAUCCUCAACAUCCUCCCAUGACGCUUCAAGGCCACAAUGAGGAAGUGACAUCUGUUGCAUGGUGCCCAACAGAUUUCUCUAAGAUCGCUUCCUGCUCAGAUGACCACACCGUCCGGAUCUGGAGGCUUCACCGGGAAAUGGAUGGAGCACGGUCUGCAGUGGGGGAUGUCAACCUUGUGGGCCGGGCACAUCCUAAAUCUCCCACAAGGCCUUUAAUCGGAGCUGAGGUAACUCCUGCCAAGGCCCAGAGGACGGAGAGUCUUCGAGGCCUGGCCUCGCCCCAGCUCGCUGCUUGUGCACCCAGCGGUGCCGCCCUGCCACUGCCCUCCAGCACAGUUUCACCCGUCCCGUCGCAGGAGGCGAAGGCUGCUGCCGUUCGCCAGAGAACGCCAUCCUCCAUCAAACAGUGGUUAUCGCCCAGCCGCGGGUCUCCUGGCCAGGUCACCCCUCCUCUCCGCAGGGUGCUGAGCCCGUGUCCCCAGAGUCCGGCGAGUAGCAACUCUCCCACCGAGCGACGGGCCAAACGCAGGCUGGAGACCGGUGCGUCUUCAGGCUGCGAGGGUACAGAACAAUGUGACUGCGUCGCCGAACUUUACCCCGCGGCCAAGAGAGUCCGGACCCUCUCUGGUCUCUGCUGCCCUGUUCAGGAGAGCAUGGUGCAAACAGACUGUCACACAGAGGACAAGUUAGCCUCCUCUAGACUGAGCGGUAAGGAGAAUUUGUCUCCUGGAAGAACGGACUGGCUGUCGGUGUUGGGCCAAAAGAUGAAGAAAGGCCACGGAAGCCCGAUCACUCCCAGAAGUCCCAGUGCCUCGAAGAAACAGGAAGGGAAAACACCAGCUUCACCGACAAUCCGCUCACCGCAAACCAUGAAGAAAAUCUCGACAUAUUUCACGCGACCCACUCUGGAGUGACCACCAUGAGCAAAUUGGAUGUUCCGGGCUUCUGUUUAAAUGCAAUGUUUUUAUUUAGACAUGUUUAUGUCCAGGUUACAUAACUACAUGAACCUGACUGAGACUGAAUAUUUAAUUCUGCAGUUUUCACAUCCAGAGAGGCUGUUUUUUUUGUUUGUUUUUUAAAUUGGGUCGUACGUAUUUGCAUGUGCCUCCUACACAAUUUUCCGGUGCUGUGCUGGAUUACUGAUUUGGAAAUCAGGUUGCCUUUUGCCGAGUAAAUCUUUCACUUUACUAAAACCUGACUAAUUUAACAGAGAAUACAAGACCCCAUGUUUCCUAAAGUCGUUCAGGAGGUUAACAAGGUAUUAAUCCUCAAGUACAGAGAAAAGUAUAUGUCCACAGUUGUGGAUAUUUUAACUCCUGCUUAAAAAAAUAUAAUAUAUAUUUGCUGCACAGUUUUGAGCCCUUUUUAUGAACUUAACCAAGAUUGAAACUGUAAGCUGGUCACAGCAUCGCAUGCCAUUUAUAUCUUCACUUCUUAUUGUUGUUUUUUUUGCAUGAAUGGGGUUUGGCCUUUUACUGCCAGUGUUAUGCGUAUAAAUAUCCGCUGAUUGUGAUUUCCCUGAGCAAACGCUCAAGCUGUUUAUAUGUACAAAAUAACCAAUGGUUGUUACGCUUGGUUUGUUUGUAUUUAAUUAACACAAACUUGCUGUGGUCUGACCUUUAUUAAAUUGAAAUCAGAUUUCAUGUGA